CGCCUUUUAUAAGUACAUAUCUCACGGUUAGCAUACCUAAGAUAAGUAAGCACCAAUUAUCUGAUUGCUCUAGCCAAAGUCGAACAAAGUCUCUUUCUUAGGCAAAGAAACUUGUGCCUCCUUUCAUAGCAUUAGGGCGAGUACUAGACGAAGAAGCGCAGGAUGGCGACGACUGCUGAGGACUGGAAGACACGGCUGGCCCUGCCACCAAAGGAUGCCCGCGUCCGGACGGAGGAUGUGACGGCCACUAAAGGCAAUGAGUUCGAGGACUAUUUCCUAAAGCGGGAGCUGCUUAUGGGCAUUUUCGAGAAGGGGUUUGAGAAGCCCUCGCCCAUCCAAGAAGAGUCCAUCCCAAUCGCGCUGGCUGGUCGCGAUAUCCUGGCUCGCGCUAAGAACGGGACUGGCAAGACCGCAGCUUUCUGCAUCCCCGUAUUGGAAAGGGUGGACCCGACAAGGCCAGUUAUUCAAGCCCUCCUCCUGGUACCUACACGCGAGCUCGCGCUUCAAACGGCGCAAGUAUGCAAGGAGCUGGCGAAGUACCUCAACGUGGAGGUCAUGGUGACGACGGGAGGCACAAGCCUGAAAGACGAUAUCAUGCGGCUCUACCAAACCACCCACAUAGUCGUGGCGACACCGGGUCGUGUUGUGGACCUGGCGGGCAAGUCCGUGGCCAAGCUCAAUGAGUGCAGGAUGCUGGUUAUGGAUGAGGCGGACAAGCUGCUGUCGCCGGAGUUCCAGCCGGUUGUCGAGCAGCUCAUCGGGUUCCUGCCGGAGGACAGGCAAAUCAUGCUGUACUCAGCGACGUUCCCGGUCACCGUGAAGGCGUUCAAGGAGAAGUUCCUCCGGAAGCCGUACAUCAUCAACCUGAUGGAGGAGCUCACCCUGAAGGGCGUGACGCAGUACUAUGCCUUCGUCGAGGAGAAGCAGAAGGUGCACUGCCUCAACACGCUCUUCUCCAAGCUGCGCAUCAACCAGUCCAUCAUCUUCUGCAACUCCGUUAACCGUGUGGAGCUGCUGGCCAAGAAGAUCACCGAGCUGGGCUACAGCUGCUACUACAUCCACGCGAAGAUGCUGCAAAGCCACCGCAACCGGGUCUUCCACGACUUCCGGAACGGCCACUGCCGGAACCUGGUGUCGUCGGACCUCUUCACGCGCGGCAUUGACAUCCAGUCGGUCAACGUGGUCAUCAACUUUGACUUCCCCAAGAACGCGGAAACGUACCUGCACCGCGUGGGGCGGUCCGGCCGCUUCGGCCACCUGGGCCUGGCCGUGAACCUCAUCACGUACGAGGAUCGCAUUAACCUGUUCAAGAUUGAGCAGGAGCUCGGUACGGAGAUUAAGCCCAUCCCGGCGCAGAUCGAGGAGAAGCUCUACUGCAUCUAAGUUGCGUGCUGUGAGUACGCUUGCAUACGGUCACUGACUAGCCUCUCUUGCUCAAAACGUCGCAAUACAAUGGCCCUAAUAGGCUUUUGUUCUAGUUGUAAUGUGCGGGCCUCCGCUUGCCGGGAGCCGUUCUCAAGUACUGGUGGUGGUGUAUGGUGGGUGCUGGGCCCGCGCCGUUGCUUAUCAGAACUGCAAUUGCAGCACGCCCCUUUGCACAAUAUCAAGGGCGUGUUUCGGUGAAGGCCUGGGGUUGGGGUCAGGGUGUUUCAAAAGAUGUUUGAUACAUGCGGAGUGACACAUUGCAGCAUUGGCUAGGUUGUUGGCUUGGCUGGGUUUGGUGCAGGCCUGCGCUGACUUGGCUGGCCGUCAUUCGAAUCGCUUUACAGCACUUUUCAAGCUGCGGCGGGCCCAGCCAUGUAUGGUCAUUGUGCCAACGUCCCAUACCAAACUUCGGCUGUGGCUAUGUACCGCUCGAUUGCUUGCUGCCAACCUUCUGUCUAAUGGAAUGUGCUUGCAUGGGUUGGGCUGUACAGGGCACGCUGUUUGGCUGGCUGCAUCAGUUCUUUGGCGCGGGCUUUACUCUUUCUGUUUACCCGUUGCCUGUUAAGGAGCGCAACUUCCUGCAGCGCGUGCAUACGCCGGUCUGGCGCGUUAUCGCGUAUGUGUCUGUGUGUGUGUUUCUGUUUAGUACAUCAGUGUUAGGUAGGCGCUGCUCGAGAGCGGGCUUGUACCAUGGAGGCGGGGGCUAUAGCUUGUUGCAGUAGGCACGUAACCGCUAACCUGAUGCACAGCCGGUGGGUUUUCACUAAAGAGAUAGAGAUCUCCCUUGUCCUUUCAUGAUUUUGGUCGUUGUGGCUUUGCCCGCCCACGACCGCCUUAGGCGGGAGGAAUCCUCUGGCUGUGCUGCUGCGUGCGCUGCGCUUGCUUUGCCGCGCCCACUUUGCUCCGCCUCGCCUUGCGGGCACAUGACAUCCCGAGCAGUGGGCGCUGCAUGGAUGCUAACGAAUGAACUUAUGCAAGCAUCGCAAUGAUGUACGUGAGUGAUUUAUGCACUUAAACUGUGUGUUUCGCUUGCUAUGACAAGUGCCCUACGACGUACCGUGCCCUGCUAAGUAGUGAAACAGCAUUGUUUGCUGCUAUUUAGCUGUGGUCUAGCGUUAGACAUGACGGGACGGUCGCCCCCUCCAUCACCUCCCCUCUGUCGCCGUUUGACCCCUAUCAUACCUUUGUCUUUCGCUGGCGCCUUGGGGAGAGCAAGGCGGGUCGGCCGACUGACUAACUGCCUGACGACCGAGAUGUAGGGAUUUAGUCAGGAUCUGGGCAGGCUGAGGGCGCUGUUGUGUUCGAGAUUUUCCUGUUUCCUCAUUGGUUGUGAUACUAGGGUACAUUGCACAGGCUUCGUGCAUGCUGCUCAUGGCUGUCUGUGCAAUGGCCACCUUUUGGCCGGCGCUAUGUUGGGGUGUCCUUGAAAACUCAGCACCAGGCGCAUGGGCAAGUAGCGCUCUUGACGCGGGCGCCCAUACUACGAUGGAGCGCAUGUCAUUCUGUUGCGGCGGUGGCGAUUUGAUGGGUGGCGCAACGCCUGGUUUGCACACUCCCAGCGGUUGUGUACCGGCCGGGCACGUCGCGGGCUCUUUAGCGUCUGUGCCUAAUUGCCGAUAGAGGAGCAGCAUACAGUCCAGGACGCAGUGUGUGCUUAUCGUGCGUGCAUGUGGCCCAGGGCGUUUUGUGGAGAGCGCAAGUUGGAUGAGGGGCGGUAAAUGGCAUCGGAGUUGUGGUAAGGGGCGUGUGGUCGUACAGCUGGCGUUGCUGAUGUUGGUUACCCGCCGGAAUGGGGCUAAGGCUGCUAGCUGUCGACCCAUGGGUGUUAGGGGCGCUGCUCGGAGGCACUGGCGUUUGGGCGUCAUGUCCGCUGAUUAGCGAUUGUAUAAAUGUGUGUGCGGUCGCGAGCCCACGCCUUGUUUCUUCGGAUCCAUUCCAGUUGUGGUAUGCGCCUGUGGGUGUGGUACAUUGUGCAAGAGUGCGUUUCUUUGCGUGCUUGUUGUGUGUCUCGUCCGAAAGGUACACAUAUUGUCGUUGCCUGUAGCAGCUGUUGGGCUGGUUUGUUCGCUCGGGCUGCUGGUGGUUUCGGAUGAUCGGUGUGCAUUCUCUGCUUACGCGGUCGCUUGUGUGUCCUUGGUAGACGCGAAACCCCCAAAGUACACACCCAGACUGUUUCUCUGAGGGUACAGUGCGGUGUUGCGUUUCCACUGGUGGAAAUGGGGAUGGUUGGGCCUUGGCAAAGGCCUGUGGACCGCACCGAUUUGUCGCCUGGUGCUAAAUACGCUCUUUGACCUUUGUUCUUUUUGGAUCGGAAUGAUGAGGCGGUUACGGUGGAGCUGCUUAUGUUGGCAAGGCACGUUUGUGAAGGCCGUGCUUGACAGCCAUUGGCACGGACAUUGCCUUCACACGGACUCGCCUUCGUCGUUAGGGUGGCAACGUAAUGGUUCGAUGGCCUUUGCCCGGCGUCGUAACUGCACAAGCUGCGCCCUGUUAGGACGGAAAUUAAUUUUGAAUCCAGUAUACAGUUUUCACAUGGUAUUGUGACGAUUGGUUGUGGAGCGGAUGAUGAGGAGUGGCAAUAUGGGCGGUUGAGCUUUGUUGGGUAGUCAUCAUGAGGGACGUACGGUACUAUCAUUGUGGCGAGUUUACCGUUUGUUCGGUUGCAAGUUACACGUGCCGAUGCACAAUGUUGUCUUGUGCCCGCAGGCGUCUGGAGAGACAGGAUGGGGUGGUUCGCGCUGCGAACGCUGGUGCCGUUAGUAGAGAGUAGAGCUCUGUAAAGGCUGCGUGGGGGCGUUGUAGCAUUCCUGCGCACGCAUUUGUGGCUGCGCCCUACGCUCUUUUGGCGGGCCAGUGUCAAAAGUUGUGACCUGCUGAUCCAGUAUUUCAUUAGCGCUGGCGUUUACGCUCCAUUGCGGUUGUGGAGGCAAAGGGUUUGGAAUGGAAUUUACGCGGGCCUGGGGUCCUGUGUGACCGUUUUAGCGAUCACUGGAUGCUCGGGUGGGUGGCUCGCCGGCGUGUUGGGUCGGCAUGGAUGCACCGUUUUGCCCCUGUGGAAGCCAAGACAGAGGCACAGUUCGCAAAUCAGGGCUUUUCCUGGUUUCACUGUUUUGUGUUGAAUGAUGUUUUGGCUGCGAGAAGCAGCAGUCGGAUGUGCAUGCAUCGUCUAUAUGCACCGCCUUGUUCCACGCGGCAAGCAUUACACGACGAUGCUGCAUUGCCCUGUUAUCGUUGCGUUUUUGGGGGUUUCGAUGUUAUUGUUCUGCGGGGAGGAGGACGGCAAGAUGGUCUAUCUAGGAUAGUCGUUUGGGUUUGUGUGUAUCGUUGCUGGAGGUUGGUAUAGGUGUCUACUUCCUUUUGACCAUUUACUCAUGCGACCUGAACUUAAGCGGCACAUGUGGGCUUAGGGGCUUGCAGUAGCUAACGGCACUUGCAUGGAUGUAGUGUUUGCUCACGCAUCCUGGGUACCUGUGUUUGCCAUUCUCAAGCUCUGCGGCCUUGAUGCACUCAAUGCUGUUGUCUAAGGAAAGGGAGUAUGGAGGGUCAAUACCAUCUGAUGAUGUGUUUGUAUUGCGUGUUUGGUUCCACCUCCAAAAGUAAAAGUUGUAACGACCAUAGCCGUUGUACCGGUAAACG